AUGUAUUUAAACACACUUGGGCAUAUAUCGCUAGGUGUUCGGGAUUAUGAAGCCUCCAAAGCCUUCUACGAUGUUGUGUUGGCACCCCUCGGGCUAAAGCUCGUUUACCAAAGCACGGCCACUGCACCACGCACACUUGGGUAUGGGCCAGAUCCGGACGACGAGCUGAUCAACCUGUUCGAAUAUAAAGAUUCCGCGACGGCGCCGGGACCAGGAUGUCACAUCGCCUUUAAGGCGCCGACCCGACAGGCUGUGCGGGAUUUCUACGAAGCAGCGGUGCGAUGCGGCGGGAAGAGCAACGGCGAGCCGGGGUUGAGGAUUCACUAUGGCCCGACAUACUUUGCAGCCUUUGUUAUCGACCCGGAUGGAUGGAGAUUAGAAGCUGUUUGCAAGUCGGACGAGUCGGAACAUUCUUAA